AGCACACUAAUGUCAAUUUUGACAUGACAUACAAAGUCAAAACAUGAAAACAAGAAAAGGAAAAUAAACAUGUGAACAUCAUGGCAUUGUCGGCCACUUUAGUUUCCCAACUAAACUAGAGAGAUAAAUACAUUAAGUCACAACAUUUGAAAUCUCCAGUCUUAACCGUGAAUCAUGAUCGUUGCUCUUCAGACUUUGGUUUUUUUCCGUGAAUCUUUACUGUCGGCAUUGGACAGUUUGUUACGGCCUUACUAUAAGCACUUGACUUUAGCUUUUACCCGGAGUGGGAAUGUUUUGGAGGAUGAGGAAUCUGAUGACCAAGUGUUCGCGGAGUAUGACGAUGAGAAAGGUGUUGUAUUUUUCCCGCCAAUGUACGCUCAGCGGUAUGCCGCAGUUAGCGACUGGUUAAUGGAUGAUCGUUGGUGUGGGAAGCUCGAGAAGGUAGUGGAUUUUGGCCACCAUGACAUGAGUUUUAUCAAGUAUUUGAAAGAGGUUCCUGGCAUCCGUUACAUUCUUGGUGUUGACAUUGAGACCAUUCCUCUGAGAUGUUCUUCUGAUCUACUUGGUGGUGAUGAGUAUUCUCCGAAGAGGGAGAGCCCUUUGCAAGUCACUCUCUUCCAAGGUAAUGCAGCAGAUCCAGAUUACCGUCUAAUCGGCUGUGAUGCUGUUGUUGCAAUCGAGAUGAUAGAACACAUGCUUCCUCAUGACCUGGAAAGACUGGUUCACACUGUAUUUGGAUUCAUUAAACCCUGGAUUGUCAUCUUCACUACACCCAAUGCAGAUUUCAAUGUCUUGUUCAAGGCUUUGGAGAAGAAUGGUCUCCGACGUAUGGAUCAUUUCUUUGAAUGGACUAGGGAGCAGUUUAAUGAUUGGUGCAGUAACAUAGUAGUUAGGUAUCCUAACUACACAGUGACCUGCCAGGGCAUAGGUCCGGGACCGCCGGGGACUUUGCACCUCGGCUGCUGCAGCCAACUCUCUUUGUUCAUUUCCAAAAACUACCAUAAGCAGGCAGAUCUAAAUAUCAACAGUUUGGCUUUGGUUGAAAAUGCACCGAGUCCCAAUAACUUUAGCGACCUAUUUGGAUGUUGCGACAGUUCGGUGGGUACUAGGCAGGAAGUCGAACGUGGAACGUCUAGAACAAAACAAAGCACGGAAUCCCUAACUGAGUUAAUUUACCCAGAGAUACAGUCACACCUAACGCUUGUCAUAUCCUCAACUCUAUGCAACUCGAUGCCCUUCUCUGAUCCUACCUUUGUGGAGACCUACACGUACAAAGACCAAACUCUUCAAUGUAACCUUGAUACAGAGAUAGGAAAAAGUUUUCUAAUGUUUGACUAUGAAGAUUAUUAUCAUGUGUUGGUGCCAAGGAGGCGGGUCCAACAUAAAGUUUAUGAGAUUGAAGAUGUCUGUAGCAGGUUAAACUGCUCAACGCUACAAGUGAAAAAGUUUUCGAAGACCACGCAGAAUUUGAUGGCCAAAAACAAGAUAGACUCUCUAGUCCACACCAGGGAGGUGGUGGACGAGAUCCGACACCUCACUAAAACGUUGAACUUCAAUAAGUUCAGUCGACCUGAAGAUGGGAGUCAUAUCUGGAACAACAUCAAUUGGGGUGACAACGCGCCGUACUGGAACCAGUAUUAUAAAAUAGUUAGAGAGUGCAUCUAUCCGUUUGAGGCGAAAUCCGAGGAAGCAAGAAUGUUGGACCUGAUAUCUGAAGAGAUCAACCGUCUGAUCGACAUGCAGUAUGACGAGGAGUUCUCGGUCGACGUCAACAGGCUGGAGAUUCCCUUGACUCAACUCAUGACUGUCGUACAUCAUAUUACUACCGACAUCGAUAGAGUACGAGACCUCCUCGAAUGGAACGGCUAUGAGGUGGUGAACGACGUGGUGAUCCACUCGCGGCUCGUGGUGGACAACACUUCAGUCGCCACGCACGACGAAGACUGGCCGGACAAUGAGACGUUAUCUGAUUGGGACACUGACCUCUAUUCCACAUCGAUGUCAGUGGGAAGUACGAUAAUACCGGACCUUCCUGGACGUUGUCUACGCCGUGCCUUAGACGAAAAAGUGCGCAGUUUAAGAAGAAUGUUAAGCGCCGAUGAAGACAUUACUACGGAGCUGGACAGGGUAGUCUGUAGACUUAUGAGGUUGGCUUUACACUCCAGUAGGGGGCGCCAGACGCCUCCCCCGUCCAGGUGGAUGCAAUGCAAACUGCUUGAUCUCCUCACUCUCACGGAGAAGGCUAUAGGAAGGCGUAAGAAGCAGUUUAUUGAAAACUAUCCAAUUUUGGCUAUAGAGGAUGCUAAACCGCCAGAUGUUGAACUAGACCAAGAUACUAGAAUAAAAGAAAUUGUUGAGAAAUAUCGUUACAUACUACAACCAAUAGAAAAAACGAUCACGGACGGUACAAAUGGUCAGAAUUCUGACGUAGAUAUUAUGGAAGACGAAUGUCUCAGUACGACUAGUAACGAGUUCUUAAAAGACUAUGAAUAUGCCAAAGAUAUUUCCCCAAGUUUGGUUAUACCUGAGCCAGUUUUCAGUACGGAGAAUUUCAAACGCGCAGAUUCGCCUCAUGUAGAAGAGAAUCCAUUAGAAAGAACUAAAGCUUGGUUAGAUGAUGACAUUGAAGAUACUUCAUUCCCCGAACACGAAGUAAAUUAUGAAAACAUAAGUUCUGGUGACACAGACCAUAGUCUCACUAACACAAGACAUAAACUCAAAAAAGCAAGCAAAAGACAAAAGAUAAAUAAAAAAGAUUCCAAAGAAUUUAAAGCAGAUUCAAAAUUGUCAUCACCAAGCAAAGUUUCUUCGAAGUUUAAAAUUAAACGCGACGAUAAACAUAAAAAGAAGAAUGGCAACACAAAGAAUACGAAGAAGAUACCCAAAAAGAAGCCGAAUUACAGCGCUUUGAUCAAGAAUCAGUAUUCAUCAUCUGAUUACGAUAGCUAUCCAGUUCAGUCGAAGAGAAAAAGUAAUGAGAAUCAGUCUUUUAACGUGUCUGCAACAAAACCGAUCCCCGAAAGUUUAAUAGAACUUUGUCAUCCAGAAUUGAAGGCUGACAAAGGUGGGCAGCCUCGUCCAACAACGACUAAUAUCGCCGACAUUAGCCAUAACAUAGUAACUACUAACAGACCUAGUUGUGACAUCGCUGCCACCGAAGAAAGUUGCCUUGUUGAUAUUGUCAUGCAAGACUUUGAGGAGACUAUAGCAUUGCGUAGAACUGUAGGGACUGAUGCAGAAGAAAAACCUGUUGAUAUUAAGGAUGACGUUGACAGUCUUAAUAAUGAUUUCGAUGAAACAUUGUGUCUCAAACAUGAAGUGAGCACGGAAAAUGUGCAGUCACAAACAAUUUUUCUUAACGAUAUAAACGAACCUAGUACGUCAAAGGGUAUUCGUCAUAAUAUUAGCACUGACGUACAGUGUGGACCUGAUACUUUUGCAACUUACUCAAUGCUAUCCGCAUCUACGUCUUUGGUCAAGAUACCGCCCGUAUUUACCGCGGGCGUUAAAAUUAAUGAAGUAACAGCUGACACUAAAAUGAAAGGGACAGAUUUUGGUACAUCUACCCAAGACACUAACACCACAACUCUUACACCAAGAUUGAGGUCGGUUGGAAUUAAAAUAAAGGAUUCUGAUGUAAAUUUAAAUGCCAAAACUGAAUCGUAUAAUCGAAUAGAAUCUUGUACCAUGACCGUACAAGAUUCUAUUCUUCAAACGCCUGGGACGUAUAGUUACUGUUCAAGACGCGGUUCGGAUAGAAACAGUAUAAUAUCAUCUCCUGAGACAAGAAUGUUGAAAGUCAUAUCGAGUAAUCUGAAAACAGAGGAUUCAGGAUCAGAAUUUUGGGAACCAAGUAUCGCGAGUUCCUCAAAAACUCGUACGUUUUUUGUAAAUGCGUCUUUAAAUGCAAGUCAAGUUAUGGUUAAAUCUGCUAUGAGCAAAGACGUAAUAAUAGAAGCGUGUUCUAGUAAAGAUAUGCGUCCUAGACUAUGCUGUGGAGGUGUCCAUGUCCACAGCUUCAAAGAGCAAGAAUCGUCUGAAGAUGUUGUUUAUCAAGGACAGUGGCAGCGUCAUAAACCUAAAGCGUGUGCACGAAAAAAGUCUCGCAAUUUUAUACCUUUAAGAAAAGCCAAUGAAUCGGCUGCAAAGAAAAAUAGAGAGACUUUAAAGGCAAAAGGAGUUAGUUCCAAGGAAAAGGUAGUUAAGAAAAGACAAGAGAAGAAACAGACCGAUGCAGAAACAACGAAACCCGUUCAAGUGCGACAUAAAGAACCAAAUAAACUAACACGAGAGGAAAAUAGCCAAACAAUGAAGCCUUCUGUUACUAGUACUAAGAAAUUAUCAAACACAGCUAAGAAGAUGCCUAAGCCAGUAAAAACGUUUACCAAGGUCGCAUCUAAAUUAGGAACUAGUGUAAUCACAAAGAACACCAAAUCUACGUUUACUGUCAAGAAACCAACUAUAUUGUCCAAUGCAGCUGUUAAAAAAGACAAUGAUAAACCACAGAAAUUAAAGAAAACUUACAUACCCUUAUACUUACGCUUACGAAGAGGUUCACUGCUAUCAGACAGCGACAAAGAGAAUUUAAACCAAAAUAUAGAUUCUGCAUGUGAAUCCAUUUCGGAAAAUAAAAAUAGUGUAAUGGAGAAAAAAGUUCCUAUUAACAAAUGGAUUAAAAAUGACAUCGAAAAAGAUUUGCUUAAAUUCAGCAACGAAGUACGCGAGAAUGUUAGUUACUACAUUUUUCGCAACGAAUUAGAAAACAAUGUAGAAUCACCAGAAGAUCUAUCAAGUGGGAGUACUGUCACUCACACUGAUCACAAUAAAAGUACCCCUAGGCCUUUGGAAACUGUGCAACGUUCUCAUAGUCCUCAAUCUAUGAAUAGUUCCACUUGCUCGUCUCUAAAUAGUGUAGCUACAGUUAGGGCAGCCACCACACGAAAUAAGAAUAUGACCCACAGGAGACAUUCGGCUUCAUCUUACAAAAGUAAUUUAACUACGAAUAGUGAUUCAGAUAGUGCACCAACUAUGAAGAAAAUUAACAAACGGUGCAAAAGUGGCAAAAAGACUGAGAAUAAAGACGUCAUCAACACAGAAAGUGUUCCGGAAUCAACACAAAACCUAAACAAGUCAGCUUUUAACAGUAAGCACAAAAGUGUGUAUAUAGCACAAAUUAAAACUGAAGGGUCUCCACCGCCCAACACUGUGUCGCGACAUAAGACACAAAUAGCAAAUAAAUCAAAUAUAAAAAUAGCUACACGGAAAGACAGCGAUGAAAAACACCGUGCAAAUGACCCUACAGUUUCGAAGAAAAAGUCAGUAAAAUCAGAUACAUCAUCGGUAUAUGAAGAUUUUAUUACAAAUCAAUCAGAUUCUUUCGAGAGUUCAGAUUCCGCGAAUAUGGUUCUGGUUUUGGAACCGCAGGUAAAUUAUGAUAAUAUUAUGGAUAUGCAAAAUCAUUCACCCGUUCGAAACGAACGAACUGCGGACUGUGAUGUAGAUCCCAUCAGUCAUUCAGUACCAGAAUGGGUUCAAAACUCGAGUUUACACAGUCACGCAAGCAGCAUUCGCGACUCUAUGAGACGGAUAUUGGAAGAUACACUAGAUUUAAUUAUUUGGCCGGAUGAACAUAAUGUCCAUCAUUUAGAUUCUAAAACGGUCAUUUUAAGUAGAGAACAAAAUCAUACUGCUCGUGAAGAUAAAGAUGACCCAUUAGACGUUAAAGUACCCGCUGAACCCGUCGGGAUCACACAAUUUUUAGAGAACGAUAUAGAAACUGCUUUGAAUAGAACCUUCGAUACUGUUCGUGGCGACGAGUCUGCGACGGUCAGCUUAAACGACACAAGUUUAACAAUUGCUGAUUUGGACAUGUUAUCAUUUGAUUCAAUCAUAUCAGUUUCAAAAUACUCUGAGUUUUUCAUGGCUGACAACGAACUUAGCCUGUCUUUAGAGUCGGAACAGGCACCGACAAUAUUAGCACAAAAUACGACCUCUGUGCGGGAUCUAUUUGAACGGAAAGAACCGCACAUGAUUCAGAAUACUCCGGGUGCACUUGCAGUGCAAGCAUUUAGUGGAUUCUCCCUCGACGUUGAGCCAGUAGCUGGCGAUCAACCUGAUCCAAUCGCGCUUAUCGACUCGGAAACAGGCAGUCCGGCGUUAGGAAUUGCUAGACAAGCUACGUCGGAAGAAUUAUUUAUAUCGGGUAGAUCAUCAGACAGUUACGAGUCGUGUCUUAUAGAUGACGAUACGGUUGUUCCGAACUGGUUGUUUCAACUUCUCAGUCAGCAACAGUCUGUGGAAGAAGAUCAGCAGCCAGUCCUUGUGGGUCCUGCGGACGCACUACCCAAUGAGCCGAUGUACGACGCGAAUGGAAACGUCAUUGAACCUGCCAUGAUUGGUGUCGGCGCUGGCGCUGGUGACGGACGAGGCAUGCAUAGUGACCACUCGCAAGAUAGUUCUGGGAGAGGCACCUCACUUAGUUCCAGUGAUACCUCAUCAGGACCACAGAGUGAAGUCAGCACGAUCCUAAUCGACCCAGCAUUUACGACUCCGUUCGACCUCCUUCGUGAUCCCCUGUCUAGUUCUGCGGUGUUGUCAACUGAGGCUCACUCAUCUGAUAGGACGUACAGAAUAGACAGUGACCUACGUGAUGACAGGACGAGAAUCCUAAACGGAGCGAGUGAUGUUGACGCUGACGUGAGCUCCAUCGAUACGGAUGUACCCGAUCUGUCUGAUAACUGAUUUUUUUACUAUCACACAUUGUAUUAAGUUGUGGCAUUCUGCACAAACUAAUACAAAUGCCUGUACAAGUAUUUAUUGUAUAGUGUUAGGGACUCCGCAUAGUACAAUUUUAGGACAACUUCUAAAUUGGGAGAUGCAAGUUUUGGUUUCUUUAAAUAACGUUAAAAUUGGCUCAUUACCUAUUUACGUAAACUUUUGUAUCAGUUUGUACAGUUUUGCCCGACUUGUGAUACAGUGUGCAAGGUAUAGUUUCACAGUUUGCUAGGGGUGAUUUUGAAGGUACCGGGCGAAAUUUCAGAUUUUCUUGGAAAAUGAAGUUGUAUGUCGCCGCCGCGGCGCGUUGUAGAUAUUGGCGUUCUAAUAAAUUAUUUGUUAUCUC